CCCCACCAGAACUACACCAUGAGCUACGCAGGCGGCGGUUUCAUGUCUCAGGGCGGCAGCCAGUCCAGUCCAGGCGGCGGCAAGCGCACCGGCUCGUCGGCACUGCGCCCCAUCACCAUCCACCAGCUGCUCAACGCCGAGCAGGCCUUUGCCGAGGCCGAGUUCUACAUUGACGGCGCCGAGGUCAAAGAUGUCACGCUCGUCGCCUGUAUCCGCAACGUCAGCUCGACGCAGACGCAGCUCAACAUGCUCGUCGAGGACGGCACGGGCCAGGUCGACGCGAGGAGCUGGAAGGACCCGGCCGCAGAGGAGACGAGCAACCCGUACGACGACUUUGCGAUCAACACUUACGUGCGCAUCAUCGGCUCGCUCAAGUCGUUCAACGGCAAGCGCCACCUCAACGUCAACCGCUUCCGCCGCAUCGACGACUUCAACGAGAUCCUCUUCCACCCGAUCGAGGCCAUCUACGUCCACAAGUUCUACAAGGACGGCCCGCCCGGGGGAGCGACCGGCGGCAUGAACUCGAUCAACGCGACGACCUUUGACGGCGGGGCCGCCAACCCGUACGCGGCCGGCGGCGCAGGAGGCGGCGCAGGCGGCGACCCGUACGCCGACCUGCCGAACGUGCAGCGCAGCGUCAUGCAGUACGUCGCCGAGCAGGUGUCGUCCGGCGUGGCCGGCGAGGAGGGCGUCAACGUCAACUCGAUCUUGCGCCAGGUCGGCGGCAACCAGGAUCGCGUCCGGCAGGAGUACCAGACCCUCAUCGACGACGGCCACCUGUACCAGACGAUCGACGACGACCAUGUCCUCCCGACCGCCUCCUAGCGCCCCGCACCUCUCUCGUUUCAGCGUGUCCCUCCCUUUCUCUCUUUCUCGUCGCAGUCCUGUCGCAGUUGCAACGCUUGCCUGUACUUGUUCCACGCGCUCGCGGU